AUCGCGAAGGCGCACCGGCUGUUUAGAUAUUACAUUAAAGGGGUUUUAGUGGCGUUUGAAAUAAAGGAAAAGUUAGUUACAGAGAGGCGCAACCAUGACGACCGAGAGCUCAAAGCAACAUUUGGAUCCAUCUAAUCCUCGCUGCAGCCCAGACGCUUUGAACGCAGCCCUGCUGAGCGCGCAGCCGGUGAUGGAGAGCGCACACAACGCAUCACCCAAAUGGAAAAAGGGAAACUCUGGCUUGAGGCGCCCUGAAAAGCCUCCAUACUCUUACAUCGCCCUUAUUGUGAUGGCUAUUCAAAGCUCACCCACCAAAAGGCUUACUCUGAGUGAGAUCUAUCAGUUCCUGCAGGCCCGCUUCCCUUUCUUCAGGGGGUCUUAUCAGGGCUGGAAAAACUCCGUCCGGCACAACCUGUCCCUGAACGAGUGCUUCAUAAAGCUGCCUAAGGGUCUCGGCAGACCUGGAAAGGGGCACUACUGGACUAUAGACCCGAGUAGUGAGUUUAUGUUCGAGGAGGGCUCAUUUCGUCGCAGACCUCGGGGCUUCCGUAGGAAAUGCCAGGCUUUAAAACCAAUGUACAGGAUGAUGAACGGUAUCGGGUUUGGCGCGUCCAUGCUGCCGCAGAACUUUGAUUUCCAAUCAGCUCCAGGCUCAUUAGCGUGUCAUAACAGCUACAACUUAGACCUGAUGGGUAAUUCAGUGUCAGGUGGUUAUGAGGGACUCGCAGGGGGACAUCACGUCCCACAUAUGUCCUCAGGCUCCGGGUCAUCGUACAUGGCCGCAUGUCAGGUGGCCUCUAAUACGGACUACUGCCCGGACAGCAGCAGCAGCCCCCUGCAGUCCCCCCCGGCCAUGGUGGGCACUUUGGACUGUCAGUCUCCGUAUGCUAACGCAGCAUCACACUGGAGCUCACCUGGUGUGUCUUCAUAUAUCAAACAGCAGUCUCUGUCAUCCAGCAGUCCCACUUCUUCUGCUCUGCACGCGGGGAUGUCCUCUUACUCUCUGGAUCAGAGCUACCUGCACCAUAACGCACGAGACUCCUCUGAGAUUUCAGUGGGACUGUCCCGAUACUCCAGCAGCCACUCCGGUCCGGUGUGUGACAGGAAGGACUUCGUUUUGAACCUAAACGGAAUCUCGUCUCUCCACCCGAGCUCCGGUGGCUCCUACUACCAUCCACUCCAUCACCACCACCAGAGUGUCUACCAGGACGUGAAGCCAUGCGUCAUGUGACCAAACACCCAGCACACAACUGUCAGGAACUUCUCUGCUGAAUUCAACCCUCUAAAGGAUUUAUUUUAACACAAUCUCUGGUGUCAUUUGGUGAAAAUGGCGAUAUUAUACCCUCAGUGAACUUUAAAACUCAUUACGUGACUGACUGUAAACAUAUGAAUAAGCAAUAUCGACAUUCUUUAAUGGAAAAAAAUACACACGUACCUGAAUUAAUCUUUAUUCGUGCACUUAAUGUUGUGUUCCUGAAGUUGGAAUUGUUGCUGAUUUCCUGCAGCAAGCAAUUAAAGAGAUUUAUUUUUAAA